CCCAUGCUGCAGCAGAAAGCAGACGGGUGGGGAAACCACAGCAGCACACGGCCAACAGCCGAGGAAAAGGAGCAGAACAGCAACUCGGGACGGGCCGCAUCCGAGCUGACUAUGUCGGGGGGCUAUUUCUACAGCGUCCUGGUGACAGGAGCGAAUCGAGGCAUCGGGCUGGAACUGGUGAGACAGCUCCUGGGGCAAGCCAGGCCUCCACGGUGGGUCUUUGCCACAUGUCGGGACCCAGCAAAAGCGCAGGAACUGAAAAAGUUGGGUUCCAAACACCCCGGCCUGGUGAUACUGAGGCUCGAGUCCACAGACGAAGCGAGCAUCGAGGCUUCUGCCAAGGAAGCUGAGACCCACUUGGCAGGAAGCGGACUCAACCUGCUGAUCAACAACGCUGGGAUCAUGCUACCGAGCACCCUGGAGUUGGUGACCCAAGAAGAGAUGCUGAAUGUGUACCAUGUCAACGUCGUCGGGCCAAUGCUAGUGACUAAGGCAUUUCUGCCCCUGCUGAAGACCGCUGCACAGAGGAGCAGCAGGAGAGGGUUGAGCUGCGGCAGGGCUGCUGUGAUCAACGUUUCCACCAUUGGCAGCUCCAUUGGGAAUCCGCCCUCCAUGGACACCUUUCCAGUCAUCUCUUACCGGUGCAGCAAGACCGCCCUCAACAUGCUCACGCGGUGCCAGGCGCUGGAGUACAAGGACGACAGCAUCCUGUGCGCUGCGCUCCACCCAGGCUGGGUGAAAACGGAACUGGGGACAGACAAGGCGGAGCUGACCGUGGAAGAAAGCGUGAGUGGGAUCCUCGAGGUACUUUCCAGCCUCUCCGAAGAGCAAAACGGCCGAGUGGUGGACUGGGAGGGCAAACCGGUGCUUUGGUGAAGGAACCAGGAGGAGGCGUGACGCGGGAACUCGCUAGCAGCUCAGGCGAGCUUCCCUGGGGCAGCCUGACAAAUACACCUAUCACUGUCUGA